AUGGGUCGGCGUUCUCGUCCUACAAAAUCUACGAAAGAGCCCUCUGAAGGAGGUAGUGACAGUUCAGGAGAAUCAUUUCGAUUCAGCGUAGGGGAGAGUAAGACGGACAGCAGCUCAGUGUUGACAGAUGUGACUGUACCAGACUCUCCUAAACCCCGUGCUGUUAAUAGUGGCCGGUCCCUGCCUCGUGCUCAAAAUAAAAGCCGUCCCUCGCAGGCUCAGGUCGAUCUACCAGAUUUCAGCGAUGAUCCAGAUGAUGAUACAGAUGAAGACUUGGCUGAUGUCCCGCUCGAUUACGGGAGAGGCCUUAAAACAAAGCAAAGGGGGGAACAUAUCGAGAAGCGCUGGCACAAAUACUGCCGUGUUAAAGCAGCCGAGCCGAACUGCCCCCAGAAAUGGAACAACCCGAGCGAUGCUCUUCGCCAGAUCACCCCUAACGACGUCCAUCGGUUCUUCAAUUAUUGCGGCAAGCUCCAAUGGGGGAUUGAUGGUCGACGUUUGAAGGGUCUCAAGAAAGCAAGCGCGCUCUAUGCGGAAUGGAAGAGUUUCCAGGGCUACUACCGUCGUGUUACCAGGCAGAGUAGCAGCGAUGAUUACUGCGAAGAGAUCAAUGCUGGUCUUCGAAGGCUUAUUGACAAAUGGGAGCUGGAUACGGAUGAACGAGAAAAGACUCCAGUCUAUGUUCAAGACUUAACGGAGUUCAACGAGACAACUCUGCGUACUCAAGAGAAGCGAUUCCAUGUGGGCUUUGAGCGCAUCCAAAUAUGUCUUUUCACUAUGCUGGGAAUAUAUACAGUGAAUCGCCUACAGGCGCUUCUGUCACUACAAUUCAAGCACCUACAGUUUUCUAUCCAGCGAGAUCCCCUUGGAGGACCUCCAAUUCCUCUAGUAGAGAUCCGGUCGAAACAUGUGAAGAAGUUUUUAGGCAUCUCCCAACACAACAACUUCCCGUUACCCAAGAUCAUUAAUGAUCCUUCGUUGAUAUUCAGUCCACAUGUCUUUCUAUUUGGAAUCCUCUUUUGGCUCGACGCCUUUGAGGCCCCAAAUUUAAGGUCGAUGGAAGACCUCAGAAGGCUCCUGGUCGAGGGUGGUCGGCAGCAGUUGGAAUUGCCGCUGAAAUCCAAUGUCGCUGAGCAUUAUAUCUUUUGCGCGGUGAGCGAAGCCGAACAGAAUCUGAUCAUGAAGCACGCUAAUAUUCGCACGUUCUUGAAUCACUAUCUGCCCCGUCACAUCGACGCGGAUAUGCAGAAUAUCAUGAAUGGCCGAGACUCAAAUACGACCCUCAUGCGCGCAAUCACACGGAUCAGUCGGUGGAUAGACAAGAGACGACCUCGAAAACUAACCGACCAACAAAGGGCAUCCAUUCGCGAGCAUCCCGAAUACCUUGCUGCUGUCAGCCAGCGGGACCAGCAGGAGAUAGCAUACCAGGAGAACCCCAGCAGCCAGAUGCUGUCAAAGUUACAACAACUAAGACGUAAAGUCCUGAGCACGUACAACAGACUGUAUGAGGCGCUCAGGAAAAAGACUCAAGAGGAAUUUGAUAGGAAGCAGGCUGUCAUCGACAUUAAACGUCAACUGUCUGGGACAGCUCUCAAUAACGAGGAAGCUAAGGAAGUUCUCCGGACUGAGGAUGAGAUGCCACCUGAAAGGAUUCACCUGAUCAAAAAGCUCUUUUCAUGGCCGACAUCUCCAUCACUCGAAGGAGAAUGGGCGCGUCGGAAUGCGGCCACAAUGGCAGUCUCACAAUAUUGUCCGGUUCGCGAAGGAGGUCCCUUACGCGGGCGCCCGAAACGUAAGGCACCAAGUGAUGCAUUCGACGAUGAACAGCGGCCUAGCGGUAAGCGUAACUCUGAUGAAUGCUGCCAGCCGAGUAAACGACCUUCCGCUCGAGAGCUUCUUUUUCAGGAGGCUGAGGAGCAUAUUCGGACAGCGAAAAAGCCGCGAAGGUGCUUUCAAUGUUUCGGGAACAGCAGCCUUCCUGACAACCGUCGCACUCAGGAGUGGAUACAAUACAAAUCGACUCUCCGGCAUUUCCGAAGCAAACAUCUUGACGACCGCAAAUGCAAUUUCUGCGGAGAUACUUCUGAGGACUUCCUCCAUGAGAUGCAUUUGCGAAAUCAUGCGGCUACUGUCCACCGCCUGAUAACCUAA